GAUUUUUAGCCAUUUAUAUCUGAUCUAAUUUGGAGCUGCGCCCUAGUUUUGCUAUGAACAUCUUUUACUUUGUAGGGUUCAGCUACAAUGGAGAAGAUCAUGACAGUUGCAAUGAUUUCUAGGAGGCUUCUACUGGAAGAACCAGAGACUAAUCAGCAGUCCAUGCCUAUUAGUGAUCGUGACCAGAUAGAGUUAUAUAUUUCAUCAUCAAUUAAGAGUGCAUUUGCAAGGAUAUUGCCAGUUGUUGAUAGACUGGACACAUCACAUGGGCAUCCGCUGGCAUUGCUUGCAGAAGAACUCAAGAAACUCCUUAAAAAGGAUUCAGGAACUUUCAUGCCUAUUUUAUCUCAGAGGCAUCCACAAGCAACCAUUGUGUCUGCAACACUUGUUCACAAACUUUAUGGGAACAAAUUGAAACCUUUUAUGGAUGGUGCUGAGCAUCUGACUGAGGACGUCAUUUCCGUUUUCCCAGCUGCUGAAAGUCUUGAGCAGUUUAUAAUAGUUCUUAUUACAUCUGUGUGCGAGGAAGAGAUCUGCAGGAAAUUGAAUCAAUACCAGAUUGAGACAAAAUCUGGCACGUUGGUUUUGCGUUGGCUCAAUUCACAGCUUGGAAGAAUUUUAGGUUGGGUGGAGCGGGCUAUUCAGCAAGAGCAUUGGGAUCCAAUAUCUCCUCAGCAGCGUCAUGCAAAUUCCAUUGUUGAAGUAUACAGGAUUGUGGAGGAGACGGUGGACCAAUUUUUUGCUUUUAAAGUUCCGAUGAGGACAACAGAAGUAAAUAGCUUGUUUCGUGGCAUUGACAAUGCUCUUCAAGAGUAUGCGAAGCAUGUUGUUGAUGGGAUGGCUAGCAAGGAAGACUUAAUACCACCAGUGCCUAUACUCACACGGUACAAGAAGGAGGCUGGAAUAAAGGCUUUUGUGAAGAAGGAACUGUUUGACACUCGGGCACCUGAUGAGACAAGAUCCAGCGAAAUUAGUGUUCUAGCAACUUCGACACUUUGUGUUCAAUUAAAUACUUUAUAUUAUGCGAUUACUCAGCUCAAUAAACUGGAAGAUAGCAUUUGGGAGCAAUGGACGAGUAAAAGGUCCCAGGAAAAACUCAUAAAGAAAUCCAUGGACGAGAAGUCCAAAAGUUUUGCACAGAAGGAUAUCUUUGAUGGGUGUAGAAAAUCUAUAAAUGCUGCUUUGGACCGCAUUUGUGAGUACACAGGAACUAAAAUAGUCUUCUAUGAUCUGAGAGGGGCAUUCAUAGAUAACUUAUAUAAACCCAGUGUCUCAGGUUCUAGAAUGGAAGCACUAAUCGAACCACUUGAUGUGGAACUUAAUCAACUUUGUGAUAUUAUUGUGGAGCCUCUUAGGGAUCGCAUUGUGACAAGUCUUCUUCAAGCAUCUUUGGAUGGCUUACUCCGAGUGAUCCUAGAUGGGGGUCCCUCGAGAGUUUUCUCCCCAGCUGAUGCGAAAUUAUUAGAGGAAGAUCUGGAGGUUCUAAAGGAAUUCUUUAUAUCUGGAGGAGAUGGGCUUCCUCGAGGUAUUGUUGAAAAUCAGGUAGCACGCGUUCGGGAUGUGAUAAAGUUACAUGGUUACGAGACUCGAGAGUUGGUUGAGGACCUGAAAUCUGCUAGUGGCAUGGAAAUGAGAGGUGGCAAAAGCAGACUAGGAACAGAUUCCAAAACCCUAAUUAGAAUAUUAUGCCAUAGGAGUGAUUCUGAAGCUUCACAGUUUCUCAAGAAACAAUUCAAGAUUCCCAAGUCCUCUGCAUAGUUGGGUACAAAAAUGGGGGAAACAACAAAAUUUUCAGAGUUGAAGCACCAUUCUGUGAAUAUUCAUUGUACUGGUUAUUUGUGUAUGUUUAAGGUUAGGUCAUUUGGUGUAUAAUUCUUUUUUUUCCCCAAGCGGCCCAAACGUCACUUGUAUCAAACUACUUUGUUUAUCUCUAUUUGUAAAGUUUUUCUUGUGAAAUACUUAAGAAAUUGUGAUUAUUAUUCUUUCAACAAUUUCUAGAACCUUUUUCUUUUACGUAUAAUUUAGAGUAUUUUCAAGUCAUUUUGUACU